AUUAUUAUUAUAUGAUUAUGCAAUAGAAGAGAAAACCGUCUUUCUUUACCCUUUUCAAUUCCGAAAACAUACUGCAAUCAAGGCAAGCUUUGAACUUGCAAGCAUACACACCAUCAUGUCCUACCAGGACUUGUACCCAUUUGAUCACAUGGCCGAAGAAGAUUUCUUUGAUGAAAUAGAUGACCAAAACUAUGGUGGGGGUGUUGAAGAUGUUGGUCUUGAUGAAUAUGAGAUGCUUACUAAGGUGACUGAUACAUCAUCUGUGCAAGCAAGGAAGGGGAAGGACAUUCAAGGUAUUCCAUGGGAGAGGUUGAACAUAACAAGAGAAAGGUAUAGAUUGACAAGGCUUGAGCAGUACAGGAAUUAUGAGAACAUUCUUUCAUCUGGUGAAGCUGUAGAUAAGGAGUUCAAACAAAUGGAGAAGGGUGGCAAAUACUAUGAAUUCUUUUAUAAUACAAGAGUGGUUAAGCCUACUAUCCUUCAUUUUCAGCUGAGGAACUUAGUAUGGGCUACUUCAAAACAUGAUGUCUACCUUAUCUCCAAUUACUCAAUUAUGCACUGGUCAUCAAUAAGGGGAAAUUUGUCUGAGGUAGUCAAUUUUGCCGGGCACGUGGCCCCUACCGAGAAAUAUGCAGGAAAUCUGUUGGAAGGAUUUUCACAGACCCAGAUUAGCACAUUGGCUGUCAAGGAUAAUUUACUUGUUGCUGGUGGCUUCCAAGGAGAGCUUACUUGUAAGCUUUUGGAUAAGAAGGGAGUGAGCUUUUGUACGCGGACCACACAUGAUGAUAAUGCUAUAACAAAUGCAAUCGAUAUUUAUGACAGCUUGAGCGGUGCAACUCAUUUUAUAGCAUCCAAUAAUGAUUGUGGGGUGAGAGAAUAUGACACAGAAAGGUUUCAGCUUUUGAAUCACUUCCAGUUUCCUUGGCCAGUGAAUCACACAUCAAUCAGUCCAGACCGUAAGCUUAUGACUGUUGUUGGAGAUAACCUAGAUGCACUGCUAGUGGAUCCUCAAAAUGGGAAGACUGUCGCUACUCUGGUGGGUCAUCGAGAUUACUCUUUUGCAUCUGCAUGGCAUCCUAAUGGACACACCUUUGCAACGGGGAAUCAGGAUAAGACUUGCAGAGUAUGGGAUGCUAGACAUUUAUCAUCUCCCAUUGCCAUUCUCAAGGGUAACAUGGGGGCAACAAGGUCUAUUCGCUUUUCUUCGGAUGGUCAAUUUAUGGUAGUUGCUGAACCUGCAGAUUUUGUGCAUGUUUAUAGUACAAAGGCAGAUUACAAAAAACGUCAAGAGAUUGAUUUCUUUGGGGAAAUUUCUGGGGUUUCUCUAAGUCCUGAUGAUGAGUGUAUGUAUAUUGGAAUCUGGGACCGGACUUAUGCAAGCUUGCUACAGUAUAAUAGGAAGCACUCGUAUGAAUAUCUUGAUUCCUACUUUUGAUCUUUGAUUCCUAUUGUUGAUUUAGCAAUAUCAUCAUUGUUUAUUUGUAGAGCAUUGUGAGAUUCUAUAUAUGGUAUUUUAUGUAGGUCAGUUUGAUUAAUCAAGACCACAGCAUUAUAAGAUAUUUCCAUAACUCAUAUUUCUGAGCUUUUUUUUUUUUUGGAUACAUCUUUCUGAGCUUUUUUGAUGCGACUGCCAUCAACAGAAAUUGGAAAUUGCUUUGUAUUAUCAUUAU